CACACAUUUUGUAGAAACUCCGACGAGCGUAGCCAUGGCAAGUUCCGACGUUUCGAAGGCUGCGGCGUUGGGGCUAUCGGCGGCCGCGGGGGCCGCAUUGGCGCUGGCAAUCCAGAAGAAGGUUUCGACCGCAAGAGUCGAGCAGCCAGAGAAGUUUGUGCUGGACCCCCGCGUCGCCGCAGCCUUGGAGGCCGCGAGGCGCGAGUGUGGGGAGGGCAAGUGGGGCCCAGAUGACGGCGCCACGGCCACCGCCUGGGUGGCAUACCAGAUGUCGGACAACGCGUUCAUUUUCCCGAUCACGCCCUCCACGCUCUUGUCGGAGAUGUGCGACACCUGGUCUGCAGGCGGCGUCCAGAAUGCCUUCGAGCAAGUGACUAAGAUCACACAGCUGCAGUCUGAAGCCGGGGCUGCAGGCAGCAUGCAUGGAGCGCUCUCGGUGGGCGGCCUGGCCACGACCUUCACCGCAUCCCAAGGACUUUUGCUGAUGGUUCCCAACAUGUACAAGAUCGCCGGGGAGCUCAUCCCCUGCGUGAUGCACGUGGCGGCCCGCGCGGUGGCGGGGCAGGCGCUCAGCAUCUUCGGGGACCAGAACGACAUUCAGGCCGUGAGGUCCACAGGUUUCGCCAUCCUCUUCGGCAGCAGCGUGCAGCAGUCCCUGGACUUUGCGCUGGCCUCGCACAUCGCCACGCUGCGGAGCCGGGUGCCCUUUGUGCACGCCUUCGAUGGCUUCCGCACCAGCCACGAGAUCCAGAAGGUCCAGGCCCUGCCCAAGGAGAUCUUUGGGAAGGUGGCGGAGCUCCUGGCGCCGGAGAUUGACGCACACCGGGCCAGGGGUCUGAACCCGAACCACCCCCACGCGCGGGGCACCGCGCAGUGUGAUGACAUCUACUUCCAGGCGGUGGAGGCGGCCAACAAGUACUACCUGAACGUGCCCCACUUCGUGGAGGAGGCCUUCGCCUGGCUCGAGAAGCUGUGCGGCCGCAAGUACGAGCUCUUCGAGUACGUGGGCAGCAAGAAUGCCAAGUACGUGCUGGUGGUGAUGGGCUCCGGAGCCGGAGUGGUGGAGGAGUACUUGCAGAAGAUGGGGCCCAAGGCAAAGGACUGCGGCUGCCUCAACGUGCACCUCUACAGGCCCUGGAGCGAGAAGCACUUCCUGGCGGCCCUGCCGUAUCUGGGGUCCAUGCGGGCCGUGGCGGUGUGCAACAAGAUGAAGGACCCGGCGGCUCAUGGAGAGCCCCUCUUCCUGGACGUGUGCACUUCCCUGCAAAGGGCCGGGUGCACCGCCAACGUCAUCAACGGCCGCUACGGCCUGUCCAGCAAGGACUUCACCCCGGGCAUGGUGCACGCCAUCUACGAGAACCUGCGCUCCAGGAAGCCCCAGCAUCCCUUUACUGUGGGCCUGGAGGAUGACAUCACCCACUACUCGCUGCCCUACGGGCGCCUGGAAACGGUGCCGGAGACCACCAAGCAGUGCAUCUUCUGGGGUUUCGGCAGCGAUGGCACCGUGGGCGCCAACAAGAACACCAUCAAGAUCAUCGCACAGAACACGCCGCUCUAUGCACAGGGCUACUUCAAGUAUGAUGCGCUGAAGUCAGGCGGCGUGACCAUCAGCCAUCUGCGCUUCGGGCCUGAGCCCAUCAAGGGCAGCUACUUGAUCGACGCGGGGUGCAACUACCUGGCCAUCCACAAGAAGGAGUACAUCUUCAGCUUCUUCGCGGAUAUCCUGCUGGACCCCCUGGCGGACGGAGGUACCUUGGUGCUCAAUUGCCCAUGGACCGACGCUGAGCUCGAGGAGGUGUUGCCACCGCCCUUCCGCAAGAUCAUCGGCGAGAAGAAGCUAAAGGUGAGCGCCAUCGACGCCUCAGCGGUGGCGAAGCGCACAGGCAUGGGGAAGUUGAUCAACAACAUCAUGACCGCGGUCUUCUUCGAGCUCAGUGGGGUGCUGCCGACUGAGCAGGCCUUGUCCUUGCUCAAGGACGCUGUGAAGAAGACCUACAAGAACAAGGGCGACGCCAUCGUCAACCAGAACAUCAACGCGGUGGAGGCGGCCAUCGCGGCGCUGCGCACGGUGAAGUACGACGCCAAGAGCUGGGCCGCGGUGAGUUGCGAUCGGGAGUCCUUCUACGCCAAGGAGCGGUGCGAGGCUCCCCCGGAGUAUGUGACCCACGUCCUGGACAAGGUGCAGACGAUGCGCGGGCACGAGCUCAAGGUCUCGGACAUGGAGGCGGACGGCUGCGUGCCCCUGAGCCAGACCAAGUUCGCCAAGCGCGGGGUGGCGGAAACCAUCCCCAUCGUGGACAUGGACAAGUGCAUCCAGUGCAACGUCUGCAGCGCCAUUUGCCCCCACGCGGUGAUCCGGCCUUUCCUGCUGUCGCACGCCGAGUUGAUGCAGGCGCCGGACUCCUUCGAUGCACGCAAGGCGACAGGCGGCAACACCUACGCGGGCCUGCACUUCCGCAUCCAGGCCUCCCCCAACGACUGCACAGGCUGCGAGGUCUGCACCAACGCGUGCCCGGUGGGCGCCUUGUCCAUGCUGCCGCGGGUGGAGAGCCUGAAGCAGGGCCACGGAUCCAACUGGGACUACGCCCUGAGCGUGCCGAACCGCGGCCAGCGCUUUGACGCGAACACGCUCAAGGGCUCGCAGUUCCAGGAGCCGCUGCUGGAGUUCUCCGGGGCCUGCGAGGGCUGCGGGGAGACGCCCUACGCCAAGCUGGUCACGCAGAUGUUCGGGCGCCGGCUGAUUGUGGCCAACGCCACAGGCUGCAGCAGCAUCUGGGGCGGCACCGCCGGCUGGGUGCCCUACGCCACCGACAAGGCCACGGGGAAGGGCACGGCCUGGGGCAACUCCCUCUUCGAGGACAACGCGGAGUACGGCCUCGGCCAGGUGAUGAGCGUGAAGCAGCGCCGGCGCCUGCUGCGUGACCGUGUGGAGGCAGCGCUGGCGCGGGCAGGGAAGCUCAUGAGCGUGGCACUGAGGAGCCUCCUGGAGCAGUGGCUCGAGUUCGGCGAGGACGGGGUCAUCUCCGAGCGCAUCUCCGACGAGCUGCAGCCCUUGCUGGAGGCCGAGAAGGACAAGGCCAAGGAGAUUGCGGAGAUGGUCCGGCUCAAGGACUUGUUCACCAAGCCCUCCAUGUGGAUGUUCGGCGGGGACGGCUGGGCCAACGACAUCGGGUACGGGGGCAUCGACCACGCCAUCGCCUCCGGGAACAACGUGAAGAUCGUGGUCUUGGACACCGAGGUCUACAGCAACACCGGGGGGCAGAGCUCCAAGGCCACGCCCAUGGGCGCCGUGGCCAAGUUCGCCCAGGCGGGCAGGGACCAGCGCAAGAAGGACCUCGGGGCAAUGGCCAUGGCGUACCAGCACGUCUACGUGGCCUCGUGCGCCAUCGGGGCCAACUACAAGCAGACGGUGGAGGCCUUCGCCGAGGCGGAGAAGUACGAUGGGCCAGCGCUGCUGAUGUGCUACUCCCCGUGCAUCGAGCACCGCUUCUUCAAGACAGGCCUAUCUGCCAUGUCUCUGGAUCAGAAGGAUGCUGUUGAGUGCGGGUACUGGCCCCUCUACCGCUUCAACCCCGCACUGGCCAAGCAGGGCGCCAACCCCUUCCUCCUGGACUCCAAGAAGGUCACGGGCGACGUCAUGAAGUUCCUGAACCGCCAGAACCGCUACGCCCAGCUGGUGCGCAGCUCCCCGGCGGUGGCCGAGAAGCUCCAGGGCGAGCUGCAGGUCUACCUCAAGGACCGCCACGCCUCCCUGCGUGAGAAGGCGUCGCAGCUGUCGAAGGACGCCGCGUCCCUCAAGGAGGGCCUGGAGAAGGCGGGCUCGGCGGAGCAGGUGCUCAUCGCCUUCGGCUCCGACACCGGCGUCACCGAGCAGGUGGCCAAGAAGUUUGCAGGCCUCUGCGAGGACCGGGGGGUGGUGGUGCGCCGCGUCUGCGACCUCGACGAGCUCAGCGACAUGGAAGAGCUCAAGGCGGCGACCGCUGGCGCGGUGUGCGUCGUGAUGUGCGCCACCUGCGGGCACGGGGACUUCCCUCAGAACAGCGGGCUCUUUUGGAGCAGUCUGUCCUCGCCCAGCUUGGCCAACAAGGAGCUCAGUGAAAUGCGGUUCUGCACCUUCGGCAUGGGCGACCGCAGCUACCACGACUCCUUCUGCGAGGCCGCGAAGAAGAUCGAGGCGCGCAUGCUGGAGCUCGGAGCCCAGAAGCUGCUGGAGAUGGGCAUCGGGGAUGACCGGGACGAGGACAAGUGGGAGACCGGCUUUAGCGCAUGGCUCCCGAAUUUCUGGACGACCAUCCGCGCGGCUGCUCCCUUGGACGACGGCAGGCCGAAGGCGCCCCUCUUCGAGGUGAAGUACCACGAGCAGGCGGCCGCGGAGACCCCGGCCAUCGUGCCGCCGGGCUCGCAGCUGCUGACCAUCACCGAGAACAAGCGCAUGACCCCCGGGGGCUACGAGCGCGACAUCCGGCACCUGGCGCUGGGCCUGGACGGCCUCGACUUCCCCUUCGACCUGGGCGAUGCCGUCGCUAUCUACCCGGAGAACCUGCCUCAGGACGUGGACGCGGCCCUGAAAUUCUUGGACUUGGACGGAGACCGCGUGAUCACCGUGAAGUGCGUCUCGGACAACGUCUCCGAGCGCCACCGCCGCGCCUUUGAUCGCCGCGUGACGGUGCGCCAAGUGCUCACGAACAUGCUGGACCUUUUCGGCCGGCCCGCGCGGUCCUUCUGCAUGGAGCUGGCGCGCUUCGCCAGCAACGCGGAGGGCCAGGCCCUUCGGGAGCUCAGCCACGCCGUGGACCCGGACGCCUUCCCGGCCAAGAAGGACGAGUGGGCGGCGCUCACGGAGCAAUGCCCCAGCUACUUCGACCUCAUGAAGAAGUUCCCCAGCGCCAAGAUGCCCUUGGAGCAGCUGCUGUCCACGCUGCCGUUGCUCAAGCCCCGUAUCUAUUCCAUCGCCUCAGAUGCACGAUACAGCCCAAAGGCUGUGGAGUUCACCAUCGUCAUCAACCAGUGGAAGGCCAAGGCAGGCGGCGAGGUGAAGACAGGCACCUGCACCAAGUUCAUCCAGCACGCGGCAGUGGGAAAGCAGGUGGCCUGCGCCGUGGUGUGCGGCACCUUCCAAUUCCCCGAGAAGGACACAACGCCCAUGGUCAUGGUGGGCCUGGGCACUGGCAUUGCACCCAUCCGCUCCUUUAUGCAGGACAAGCUGUACAAGAAGCAGCAGGGCAUCGCCACUGGUCCUAUGGUAGUCUUCUACGGCUGCCGACAUGAGGAGGAGGAGCUUUUGUACAAGGACGAGUGGAAGAUGUACGAGAAAGAGGGCGUGCUUACCAAACUGGUCGGAGCCUUCCAGUUUGACAAGCCGCACUACCCACCGAAGCAGAUUUUUGUGUCGGACAAGAUGGCCGAGCAACCCGAGCUCAUCAGCGACAAUUUGCUGGAGAAGGGCGGGUACUUCUUCAUGUGCGGGCCCGCAGUGGCCACGCCCAGCGUUCAGAAGGCGCUCAAGGCAGCCCUGGUGCAGAGAGGUGGACAGGGCGC